CUCAAAAACCCUAAUAUAAAAAUCAUUCUCUCACUAUAUUCCAACCCUAAUCCACCCAAUCAUCUCCUCUCUCUCUCUUUUUGUUUUUGUAUAUUCUUCUUUUUUCUUCCUUUUAAGUGCACAAAUUUUAGAUCUACAAGCAAAAUCCCAUACCUAAAGGGCUACCACAAAACUUUGUGAAAGUAAAAAAGACACAUAGAAAAAUCAAAAGCCCCCCCCCCCCCCCCCCCCAAAAAAUAGAGAAGAGACAAAGAAAGAAAAGGUCAUCCUCACCCACCUCAACUUCCAAAUUACACAAUUUACUGGUUUUGGAUUUACAAAAUGGCAGGAUGGUCGAAGAGAGUUGAUAAUGUUGCAGAAUUCAUGAACCUUUUGUUGAAAGAAGUUGAUGGGUGUUUGUCUUUUAGGCCAUUUCCUCCAAUGCUAGGUGAUGGAAAGAUAGUUAAUUUGUGCAGAUUGUACUUGGUUGUGAGGGAGAAAGGUGGGUAUCAGAGUGUUUGUAGUAGUGGGUGUUGGGGUGUUGUUGCUAAAGAGUGUGGGUUUGAUUCAAGUUCUGGGUUGUCUUUGAAGUUGGUGUAUGUUAAGUAUUUAGAGGUGUUGAGUAGAGCUAUGCUGAAAUUUGAGCAAAGUCGUUCGCGUUUAAGUGAUGUUCGGAUGGAGUUUGAGUUGGAUUUGGAGGAGGUUUUGAUGAAGAUUUCAGAUGAGGGACGUGGGAAGGUUGAGUUUGAUCAUUUAGUUGAUGGAAAGUUGAGUAAUGGUAUUGAGGUUCAGGGUUUUGUUGAAAACCGAAGUUUGGAUGAGAAUGUUUGUGAUGUAAAGGGGAUUGAUGAAAAGGUUGGUGUUGUUUAUGCUGAAGAAGAUUCAAAGAAAGGCAAUAAGCGCGAUAAAAAUUACAUUAGGCUAAUGAAGUUAAGUGGGGAUGGGAAAGAUUGCUUUAUUAGGAAGAGGAAGGAUAGUGAUGAAAAGACGAGUGUUGGUUGUGAUCAAGAACAUUUGAAAAUUGAUGACAAAAAUGGAGAAUUUGAGGGUGGCACAGAUGAAGUUGGACUAAGAAAGUUUAACGGGGAUGAGGAAGAUUGCAUUAUUAGGAAGAGGAAAGAUCGUAAUGGAAAGCUGAGGGCCGGUUGUGAUGAAGAACAUCUGAAGAUUGAUGAUGGAAAUGGAGACGUUCAAGGUGGUAAAGAUGACGUUGGCCUAGCAAAGUUUAGCCUGGUUGAGGAAGAUGGCAUUACUAGGAAGAGGAAGCGAGAGUUUUACUUGGACAUGCUUAAGUGGGUUACUGAACUUGCAAAGGAUCCAUGCGAUCCUGCCAUUGGGCAUCUGCCCGAAAGAUCUAAGUGGAAGUCUUAUGGGAAUGAGGUGGUUUGGAAGAAGGUUCUUUUGUUAAGAGAUGAAAUGCUUUCCGCACAUAAUGUGGAUACAAGUACUCAAUUCUCCGUAUGGCAGCUAAAACAGAAAAUGCAUCCAUCUAUGUAUGAUGAUAAUAGUGGGUCUGAGCGGCCAAGAUGCAGCCAAAGGGUCCUAUCUGCUAAGGAUUCUUUGAAAAAUUCAGGUUCUCAUAUUGAUGGAACUCUGAUAGACGGACUUUCUGACUCUUCUGCAGAGUCAGGAGUUUGGUGGAACCGCCGGCGCAAGAAAAUAACAUCAAUUGGGACAGAGUUUCAAGCGGAUAUUCCAGAAUGGAAAAAUGAUAUGCGUGAAUCUGACUCUAAAUGGUUGGGCACCCGUAUCUGGCCACUGGAUAAAAAUGAAAAGAGCAGAAUAUUAAUUGAAAGAGAUCCUGUUGGGAAAGGAAGGCAAGAUACAUGUGGUUGUGAAUAUCCAGGUUCUUAUGACUGCAUCAAUUUUCACCUCGCCGAGAAGAGAAGGAAGCUUAGGCUUGAGCUAGGAUCUGCCUUUUAUCACUGGAAACUUAACCACAUGGGCGAAAAGGUUGCAUUCUCUUGGACCACAAUAGACGAGCAGAAAUUCCAUGAUAUAGUGAAGUCUAGCCAUUCGUCUGAGGAUGAGAGUUUCAGUUACUGGCCUGAACUUUUUAAGUGCUUUCCUCACAAGAGCAGGGGGUCUUUGGUAUGCUACUAUUUUAAUGUUUUCCUGCUACGACGAAUAGAUCAGCAGAAUAGGAUGAAUGCAAGUGACGUUGACAGUGAUGAUGAUGAAUCAGGAUGUGGACCUAGGUCUAUUUGUUUUGGGCGGGAUCCUAAGUUCUCCACCUUGUGUUUCCCAAAGAAAGCACGUCUGGGUCCCAUGUAAUCACAAGUUGAUUACCAUCAGUAGCUUUUGUUAAGAGAUGUAAAUACCAGGUUUCUCUUGCUCUCUUUUUGGUCAGCAGAUUUUUUGGGCCGGUGGUAUAUUGGGAUUUAAAGGAGGUUUACCGUUAUCAAUUUUGGUCUGCAUUUCUCAAUAUACACAGGUUACACCCCCUUUAGAAAUUGGCAGUGCUUGAAUCAAAGAAACAAGACUUCUAUGAACACAAUUUUUCACCCAGCAUCUAAGUCUCUGAGUUCAUAGAUAUGCGUUCUGCUCUUAACUAAAAAGUUACCAUUGUUCCUUUAUUUGGUGAAUUCUUUUCUAUCAGUUACCUUGUUUUUCGUUGUAUAUAAACCUCUGAAUGGUCCUUUUAAUUCAGGUUAACUGGUGAAUUGAUGAUUCAGACUUACAGGUUUUUGUUUUUUUGUG